AUGAUGGUGCUAGUCGCUAGCGUUGUUGACGAUGGCGGCCAGGGGGGAGAUAGAGAGAUGGGGGUUGACAGCUUGCCUGGUGCUCGUGGUGGUGCCUUUGAGCAUGGGGCGACUAGAAGAAUGCGGAAUGAGUUUAUGGCAGCCUGGGAUGGAUUGAGGUCAAAAGACAGCCAGAGAAUCCUUAUCCUAGGUGCCACAAAUCGGCCAUUUGACCUUGAUGAUGUUGUCAUUCGCCGCUUACCAAGAAGGAUUUAUGUAGACCUUCCGGAUGCUGAAAAUCGUUUGAAGAUACUAAAAAUAAUUCUUGCUGAAGAAAAUCUACAAUCUGGAUUUCAGUUUGAACAUCUUUCAAAUGAGACUGAAGGGUAUUCAGGGAGUGAUUUGAAGAACCUUUGUAUCGCCGCAGCAUAUAGACCUGUCCAAGAACUUCUAGAGAUAAAAAUGGAGGUCAUACAUGUGUCAUCAGUUGUUUUUACUCUAUUUAUGUUUGCUCAUUUUCACCAAUUGGAAUGCCAGAGGGUUUCCGAAUUAUCAGACUAUGAUAGGAUAGAAUGCCGCGAUACCUUAGUCAUUGAUUCUUGA